AUGGCAAAGUUUGCGUAUCACCAUGCCGAUGCCACCUACUCUUGCUACUGUAUCGACGGGUACACGGGCGUCCACUGUCAGACGAACUGGGACGAGUGUUGGUCCAAUCCGUGUCUCAAUGGUGGCGCAUGCAUCGACGGAGUGGCCUCAUACAACUGCACGUGUCCCGAUGGGUUCCUAGGGUGGAAUUGUGAGGAAAACUACAACGAAUGCCAAUCAAACCCAUGCCAAAACGGUGGCCAGUGUCACGAUAAGGAUAAUGCGUUCUACUGUACGUGCGCCAUGGGCUACGAGGGCGAUUUUUGCGAAUCCGACAUUGCCGUCUGCGAUACGGGCGACCGGUGCCACAAUGGGGGCUCGUGCAGUGAAGGUCCCGGGCUUGAGUUCUACUGUCGCUGCACCGAAGGGUACGAGGGCCGCCUGUGCAAUGAGGAGAUCAACGAAUGUGCGUCCUCCCCGUGCCAGAACGGAGCGAUCUGCAUCGAUAAGUUCGCGUCGUACGUGUGUGCUUGUCCGAUGGGCUACAGUGGCGCCAACUGUGAGGCGGAGAUCAUGCUUUGCUCAGAUUCACCGUGUGCCAACCAAGCGCUCUGCUUGAUGGAAGAGGAUCACCCCACGUGUUACUGCGUUCCGGAUUACCACGGUGAGCGGUGCGAAAUGCAGUACGACGAGUGUCAACUGGGCGUGGAGCCACGAUGCGUAAACGGGGGCACGUGUUUGGACGGGGUCGACGAGUACUUUUGCACCUGCGCCCCAAGCUUUACGGGGGAAAACUGUGAAUGUCUCAUGCUGCAGGACACCGAUGGCCAGCUGGAGAUGAUGGACUGCAACUACACAAUGCCCGAGCAAAACAUGACAUUUACUCCGGAACCGAUCGAUUACUUUACAAGCAUCUCAUCGUCGGAACCGAACACGGAGACCGACGAGACUGGUUCAAGCUGGUUCGAAGGCACCACCAUGAAUCUGUCUCCGGAAUAUGCGCCACAAACCAGCACGAUGGGCUCAUUUGAAGAACGUUCCGAAUCGCCAAUAGAAUCCACGCCUGCGUCGGUAGACGGAUCAGACAGUCGCGGAUCGACAACGCCUACUCCGAUCACCCCGUAUACCGAGGAAGAUGGUUCCACUGGCGUCACUGGGCCAGGCAUUCGACCAGUAGAUCAGACUACUGCCGGAGUUGUAACGAUCAUCCCCGCAACGGACCGACCGGCUUUCAUCGGGACAGCUGAUUAUUCGACGCACCCGGAAGAGGGUAGCACAAAACCUUCUGCCCCCCUGGACACAACGGUGGGUUUCGAUCGAGAUGGAACCACAUCUGGUAUCUUCCAGGAAUCACAUACUACCUCCGCAACUCAGGAACACCCGACAGGCGGUUUGCCAGGGCUUACACCUUCCACUAUUGCACCGGAACUGAGUUCCUUCUUCACUGAAACUCCUACCACCAAGGCAAUUGAGGGUAAAGAUCAGGUAACCGGUGCUGCUGUUGAUGGUGGUGGUGGCACUCGUCCCAGCACCGACACCGAGCCCGGCGAAGAAUCUUCCACGUUUUCAUCUCUCUCCACUUCCGCCGCCGCGGCACCCGCAACGACACCAAGAACGCCGGAAGUGGUCAUCCAUGAGUGUAGCGACGCGGUUUGUGCGAAUGGAGGUACCUGUGCUAUGACCGCCAAUGGUGUCCGCUGUCACUGCGAUUUUCGGUACGCUGGGCAGUUCUGUAACGUUCCGGUGAGCAUUCAAAAUGCCGCCUUCUCGAGAGAUUCCUUCCUCCGCCACAUCAUCUACCGACGGAACGAGACAGUGACGGACGCGGCCGCGGCCGGCGGUGCACUGGCUCAACAGUUGACAACAAUGACGGUACGCUUCAAGGCAAAACUAACGUCCCGCGAGGGAUUAAUCCUGCUGGCUACGGCCGAAGGUGACGAAGGGAACCACUACGUGGCACUGUUCCUGCAGAAAGGCUUGCUACAGUUUCAGUUCUCGUGCGGCCUGCAGACGAUGCUGCUGAGCGAAAUCGAUGGCACAGUCAACAAUGGGUUCGAGCUCAACGUUAAAGUGCAACUUCACUUUAACGAACGACUCAGCCACUGCAACGCGUCGCUGCACGUAAACGAAACCCUGGCGAUGAGCGGAGAGCAACCAACGUGGCUUGCCAGUGUGGCUUCCGGUUCGGUCGACCAGCGAACAGCUGCACUGGCAUCCAUACGCCAGAGCUGGCUCCAUCUCGGCGGGCGGCCCAUCAAAACGAUGUACACGCUCAGUCAGAACAUCUCCCGGUACCACGGAUUCACCGGAUGUGUGUACGGGCUGGAACUAAAUGAAAAACCGGUGGCCGUUUUUCACAACGCGGAGGAUGCGUAUAAAAUUUACGAAUGUACUUCACUGGCCUGCCUGUCGAGCCCGUGCCGAAACGGGGCGAUCUGUGUGGAAGAUCAAGCGGUCGACGAGCGGUUCGCCGUCGGCUACCCGAGCGCGGCACGUGGAACGUGGAGCUGCAAGUGCUCCUUCGGGUACAUGGGCAAAACGUGUGAACGAUCGAUUUGCGACAACAAUCCGUGUCAGUAUGGCGGAACUUGUGUCACCUUUCCGGAAAGUGGAUACCUCUGCCUGUGUCCGUACGGCAAACACGGUCAUCUGUGCGAGCACGAUCUGGACAUUCUGCAACCGUCGUUUUUCGGCAGCAUCAAGGGCAUUUCGUCGUACGUUACGUAUCCGAUCGCGUUCCCACUGGAGGAUCGGUUUGAGUUUAGCUUCAAAAUCAUUCCGACCACAGCGUCACAGAUUUCGCUGCUGGCCUUCAUCGGACAGCCGGGAGAUCAUCACGAACUGGGUGAUCAUUUCUCCGUUAGCUACAUUCAAGGUUUCAUACUGGUCACCUGGAACUUGGGCAGUGGGCCGCGUCGAAUUUUCACCCAGCAACCGAUCCAGGUGCAGCAAACACGCCCCACCACCAUCCACGUGGGGCGCAGUGGUCGCACCGCGUGGCUGUCGAUCGAUGGGAAGGUCAACAUUUCGGGCAACGCGCCCGGCAGCAGUCACAAACUGAAUGUGGCCCCACAGUUGUACAUUGGUGGCCACGAGGGAGUCAACUUUUCUAGCCUUCCACACGACCUGCCGCUCCACUCCGGGUUCCAGGGUUGCCUGUUUGACAUUCGGCUUAUCGCAGGCCCGGUCCACAUACCGCUGCAGCACAUCGGGGGCAUGCGAGGCCGUAGUGUGGGCCAGUGCGGUACUAAAGAGUGUCACCGGCAUGCGUGCCAGAACGGUGGUGCAUGCCUGCAGCACGGUUCCACGUUCACCUGCAUCUGCCAGGAGGAUUGGAACGGAAUUCUGUGCUCGCAAAAGGCGAACCCGUGCGACGAAAGUCUCCACAAGUGCGAUGCCGAUGCGCGCUGCUUUCCGCACGUCUCCGGGUACGAGUGUGACUGUCCGUUCGGAAAGGUUGGCAAGCGCUGCGACGCGCACGUUAAGCAGCUGAGCGAUGUUUCCUUCUCCGGCAGGAGAUCGUUCCUAUCGUUGCGCUGGCCACCGAACGGUGCUGACACUGAUCGGCUAGCUUCCGACGCAUACCGUGAAAACGAAGUGCCGCGCUACGAAAAGAUCGUACAACAUUCGCACAUUAUUCCCCACAAUCAUUCGAUUCUGCUCAAAUCGAUCCGCGAGCUGGACAAAAUUAACGACGUGCUUCGAGUGUUCCCGGCGCCGAACGACACCGAAACGUACGGGCAUGCGCUGCAACCGCGAUCGCAAAACUACCGCCAGCUGAAGCUGCGGCAGAUAACGAUCGAGCUGCAGGUGCGCCCUCUGUCCGAGAAAGGGCUGCUGAUGUUUAUCCGUACGUUCGAUUCCAAUGCAAACGCCCUGGGUUUCAUCAGUCUGAGCCUGCAGGGUGGCGUGGUAGAGUAUCGCGUGUCUACUACUCGCUUGCAGACGACGGUCGUGCGCAGCAAUCACGUACUGGCGACCGGGGAGUGGCACGUAAUUCGGUUCGUCAAAUACGGCAAGCGGAUGACGCUCUGGGUCGAGGGCAAGAGCUCGUCGAUCGUUGGUUCCGUGCGCGAAGAGUACAUCAGCCUCACGUCGGAGCUGUACCUCGGCGGGUUGCCGGAUCUUUCGGAGCUGCCGAUGGAUGCCAUUUCGGGGUAUCCGGUGCCAUUUCGUGGUUGCAUUCGCAACGUCAAUCUGAACGGGUCGCGCGUGACGCUGAACGCUAGUUCGAUCGUGGCCGCUCGUAACAUUAACGACUGCGACGGGACACCCUGUGGAGGGGACAUUUGUGCGCACGGUGGUCUGUGCUGGCUCGACGAACAUUCCCAGCCGCGCUGCAAGUGUCCCGAGUACUCGAAGGGAGAAAACUGCGAAGUGCUUGAGUCCUGCGAGAUAGUGUCGUGUCACAACAACGGCGAAUGUUUACCGAGCGGACGGUGCAACUGCCGGGUCGGGUGGACCGGCCACUACUGCGACACGGCCACGACCAAGUACUCGUCGCUCGGGUUCAACGAUCGCAGCUACAUUCUGAUACCGUCGCAAAAGAUUAAAAUGAAGGAUAAACGGAACUACGACAGUGGCACGACGGGGGGGCGAUCGGCGCUGGAGCUACAUUUGUCCUUCAACAUUUCCACCCUCGACGAUGGCGUGCUUUUGUGGAGCACCGACGCGUCGGGCGGAUACUUUGGCAUUGGCAUUCGCAAUGGGUUCAUUGUCGCCGUGAGUAACCUACUGGCGGACGGUGAAGCAACGGAACCCAACAUCACGUCGUGGCGAGCGUUCGUGGCCGACGGUGAUUGGCACCAGGUUUUACUGGAGACGAAAGACGGUUUUAUGCACGUAUCGAUCAACGGGUACCAGCUUACCGGGGGCAUGAAGCUUCUCAUGAGCCCAAGCCAACUCCACGAUCAGCAAAUUCCGGCGGAGGAAGCCAUCUAUCUGGGAGGCUUUCCCGAAGAAAAUGUUUACAACCGAACGAACGGGGCAUUCUCCAGAUCGUUUAGCGGUUGCAUUCAACACAUACUUUUGGGAAACCAGUACGACGAGCUCAACCAGAUCGCUUACGAAGGAGCCAAUAUUCAACAGUGUGUACUAUAA